UUUCUCCCAUUCCCUACUCUUUUGCAUCUAUUUUGUUAGACCUACGGAUACGAUGCGUUUUUGCACAAUUGCUCUUUCAUUCUGCUUCUCCUCUCACCUCUCUUCGACGCUUCGUCUCUCUGGGUGAGUUUACAAAGUUACGGUGCGUGCAUAGCAAAAGAGCGUGAGCAUCCUGAUGAUAUCAGGAGGAAGAGGAGGGAAAUCUGCGCCAUCGGCCUCAUCGUGGGCAGUCUCCGCCUCUGGGAAGAGGAUCCAGAGAGAAAUGGCGGAGCUCAACUUGGACCCACCUCCCGACUGCUCCGCUGGUCCCAAGGGUGACAAUCUCUACCAUUGGGUCGCCACCAUCCUCGGUCCCCAAGGAACACCAUAUGAAGGCGGUAUAUACUUCCUAGACAUAACGUUUCCAAGUGAUUAUCCAUUCAAACCUCCGAAGGUAGUUUUCAAAACUCGAAUCUUCCACUGCAAUGUUGAUACUGCUGGUGUUUUGAGUUUAGACAUCUUAAAGGAUAGUUGGAGUCCAGCUCUAACAAUCACCAAGGUGCUUCUUGCAAUCAGAGCGAUUUUCACAAAUCCUGACCCAUAUAGUCCGCUAAUCCCUGGCAUUGCCCGAUUGUACUUGGCAGAUAGAGCUAAACAUGAUGAAUUAGCUGCAGAGUGGACAAGGAGAUUUGCCAAGUGACUCUUGUGAAUCUGAUGCAAGUGCCGUUUGAAUUGCAGAUAUUCCUUGAACAUCUUAAUUCAUGGAUAGGUAUCCAUUAGAUAUAAUAAUGGAUACUUGCAAAGUUUACACAGCAACCUGCUAAGCAUGGUAGUCUAAGCUUCUGACCAUCCCGGAAUGUAUGAUAAUGGCUGAAAGAGACAUAAUGGCAUGCAACAUGGACUAUGAGAAGUCCUUUCAAGAUUCAGGGGCUAUGUAGAUAUAAUAAUAAUAAUAUAUAAUAUAGUGGUUAGUUCAUAGUUGUUUGGUGAUUGUCGUUUUGCAGUGCGGAUAGCCGCCGACACUACUGAAGAUAGGGUUUAGCGGCCAAAAGUCAUGUCAGAAUGGAGAAGUGGGCAUAUUUGAUUAUUUCCGUUUCCAACAGAAUUAUGCACUGGCAAGUAGCAGGCACAGUGACAUUUGAUUCGUAUAAAGUGAAAUUAUUAAGUAAA